ACCUAUUCCGUUGGCACCGUCAGCGUCCCUGCCCCCGGCUACGUAACCGUGGCCUUGCAGGGUGUUUCCAAUAACGGUAGCUAUUUCGGUGACGUAUCGGGCUUGAGCGUGACCACGACGGCUGCGCUCGCCUUCGCCAAUGACCCAGCGAACUACUACUGGUCGCGUCGCGGCCCAUCGGUUCACAUGACCUACACCGUCCCAGCCAACUCCGAGUACUUCUACAACGAAGUAACCGUUCCCGUGAAUGAGGACGCCAUUGGCUCGUACUUCAUGGUCGCGGGCUUUUCCGGUGGCUACUCUGGAAUCCAGGUCAACAGCGCAACCGAACGCAAGGUCCUCUUCUCCGUAUGGGACGCAGAUAAUGGCCAGAAGACCACGCUCGUGAGUAAGGGCGCGGACGUCGUCGUCAACGAUUUUGGUGGUGAGGGCACAGGAGGUCAGGCAUACCUCGUAUUCGGCUGGAAAGCCGGCACCACCUACAAGUUCAUCACACGUAUCCGCCCUGAAUCCAGCUCAGGCAGUACAUUGUUCUCCACGUGGAUCUUCACCCCAGAGACGAACGCUUGGCGCUAUAUCGCCACCUGGAAGCGUCCUUCCACCACGACGUAUCAGUCCGGCGUUUACUCCUUCCUGGAGAAUUUCAUCGACACUAGAGGUUAUGUUGGUCGCCAUGUGCAAUACAGCAACCAGUGGGCACGUAACACGAACGGUGCCUGGUCUGAGAUUACCACUGGUCGCUUUACAGGUGAUGCUACUGCGAACAAUGCGCAGCGCAUGGAUUAUGCCGGUGGCUUGGAGAACGGACAUUUCUACCUCCGCAAUUGCGGCUUCUUCUCAGAUUUUGUGCCGCUCAACCGGGACUUCACCCGCCUGGCUGCUGGCACUCAGCCAACGGUCGAUGUGAACACAUUACCAACCCAGUGAAGCAAAACAAUGGUUGUAUUUCACAUGAUUUCUGUUAAUCUUACCUCUAUCCUGAUUAAUCCUGAUCUCUCAGGCAAAUUGUUCAAUUUUAAAUGUUCUCGCAUGUAGUUGUACCAAUGUG